AUGAGAUACCCUACAUUAGCGUUCGCCGUCUCUCUGGCUAUUGCCUGGUCUCUUCCAGGGGCACUAGCAAUUGAUUCCAAUGCUGCCGAAGCCAGAGAAGCGGCGAGCUCAUACCUGGCCUCUCUUUCGAUUGCUAAAACCCAUAGUGCCUCUUUUGCCGAACCAACAGACCUGGCCAGUGCUCGUGCCGCCGUCGUAGCCGGAGGUUACUCCUCCAAGCUAUACAUUGAGAUAAUGAAUCGUUGUCCAACAAGUUGCAGCAGCGCUGGCAUGAACACCAGUUCUUGGUAUACAUACCAUGAUAUCGACCCUGAUGCCUCAGCCUGUGUACCUAAAGGUGUGCAGCAGCGAAACACCACAUCUCCCGUGCAGCUAUUAUCGUCGGGUGACUCGUCUUCAGCCCAUGUUGCGGAUGUAGUUGCCGCCCUAGACCAAUUACAAGCCUUCUCGACUCAAUAUAGAGCAGGUUGCAACGAAUUUAUCAAAUAUGCCUACUCAGGUGAUAGUUUCGUGGGUGUCUAUGUCGGAUCAGGCCUCACUAGACAAAAUAUUCUCCCUUCGGUUCUCAAGAAGCUUAGCAGCCAGCUUAAGAGUGAUGGUAGCGUUUCAGAGGAACUAGUGGUCCAGUUGUGCAGCAAAUCUUCGGCCAGAUACUCGUUGGGUAUUUUCACCAAUACCAAGGGCCACCUCGGUUCGGUCCAAUCUGGUCUUCAGUCGUGGAAAAAUGGCAGCUGUAUAACGACCACUCACGAGGCUACCCCAGCGUGGCAAGAGGCAACCUAUCUGAUCCCAGCCGGCUUACACAGCAACUCCUCUACAACAACCAUGACUAGUACCGCUGCUUUACCUCGAUGGAAGCCUAUAAAAACCCGCGAUAGUGUUUGUCGUACUAUCCAGGUAGAACCCAACGACUCAUGCGAUUUGCUCGCUAGCGAAUGCGGCAUUACAGCAGCGGACUUUUUAAAAUUUAAUCCUAGCCCGACCCUGUGUGGAAGCUUAAAGCCUGGUCAACAUGUUUGCUGCAGUCCUGGAACUCUCCCAGAUUUCUCACCGAAACCGGACGCAAAGGGCUACUGUUACCCCUACUUAGUCAAGUCUGGUGAUUCUUGUUCUUCCCUCGCCGCAGCCUACGAUAUAUCAAAUGAUGAUAUUGAGAAGUUCAACCAGAAAACGUGGGGUUGGAACGGCUGCCAAAAGUUAUUCGCCGACUACACCAUAUGCCUUAGCAGCGGCUACCCUCCUAUGCCUGCUCCUGUCGCUAAUGCAGUUUGCGGACCACAAGUAAACAACACAGCUCCCUCACCCCCAGGAACAGACCUAAGCCAACUGAAUCAGUGUCCCCUUAACGCAUGUUGUAAUAUUUGGGGCCAAUGUGGGACGACUAGCGAGUUCUGCACUCCGUCAAACUCUAGUACGGGGGCCCCAGGUACAGCAGCUCCCGGAGAGAAUGGUUGUAUUUCCAAUUGUGGCACAGAUAUUAUAACAUCCGAUGCUCCCAGCGAAACCUUCCAUAUUGCCUAUUUUGAGGGCUUCGACUGGAAGCGACCCUGCUUACGUAUGUCAGUUUCUGAAAUCGAUACUUCGGCUUAUACUCACAUCCAUUUCUCCUUUAUUACCCUUAAUAAGGAUUUCUCCAUCAAUUCGGAUGAUGUGGCAGAUCAGCUUCCAUUACUACAGGGCAUGGUCGGUAUCCGUCGCAUUGUAUCAGUUGGCGGUUGGGAUUUCUCUACAAACCCAGAUACCUACAUGAUAUUCCGCGAUGCGGUGAGUUCUGAUGCAAACAGAAAGGCGCUAAUUGCCAACGUUAUUAAGUUUCUGAAUGAUCAUGACUUGGAUGGUAUUGAUUGGGAUUGGGAGUACCCAAAUGAGCCCGAUAUCCCCGGUAUCCCCGCUGGCUCAGAGGAAGACACCACUGGCUAUUUUCUGAUGCUCAAUGAAUUGAAACAGAAAAUGCCAGCUGGCAAGACUGUUUCUAUUACUGUUCCAGCAUCGUUCUGGUAUCUACAGCGUUUCCCUAUCAAAGCCCUGAGCCUCGUUGUCGACUAUAUCGUGUACAUGACCUAUGACUUACAUGGGCAGUGGGAUUAUACCAAUAAGUUUGUGAGCCCCGGAUGCGUUUCAUACUCUCAGGGGCUAGGAAACUGUCUACGAUCCCAUGUCAACCUCACCGAGACAGUUAAUGCCCUAUCGAUGAUCACUAAAGCGGGUGUCCCAUCAAAUAUGGUCGCCAUCGGCCUCAGUAGCUACGGCCGCUCAUUUCAAAUGGAUACUCCCGGCUGCUGGACCGAGCAGUGUACCUUUACAGGGCCUGCAUCGGGGGCAUAUCCUGGGCCUUGUACCAAUACAGCUGGGUAUAUAUCCGAUUACGAGAUAGGUCUAAUUACAUCUCAGAACCCAUCGGCACAAGUUUUAUGGGAUGCCAACUCAUACUCGAAUAUCAUCUUGUUUAACGGCACUCAGUGGGUUGCUCAUAUGAACAAGACUAAUAAGGCUACUCGGAAGGCUCUUUAUCCGGGUCUCAAUUUCCUUGGGACUGCCGACUGGGCAGUUGAUUUGCAGUCUGAACAUGGUGAUGGGCCAGGCUCGCAGACUAAUUCCUCAAGUGAGGUCAUCUAUAUAGACCCUGGUAUAUGGGAAUCGGCGACUCCUCAAGUAGUUGGCCCACCGGGUGCAACGCUAAUCUGGCCCCCAAUGCCACUCUCGAGUACUACCACGAUUACAUUCCCAUUAUGGACCACUACAAUUUCGUAUUCUAGUCUCACAACUCUCACAAGUACCCAGAUGGAUGGCUCAACAUCGACCUAUCCUCACUACGUCUAUGUAUCAUGGCUUACAUCUCUGACAAUUCCGCCAGUGAUAACUACUCGUAUCCCCGUCUGGGGUGUAUCUCUUACCAAGAGCCUAACAACCGGCACUAUUUAUCUUACAAGUUCUGUACAGCCACCUCCGUUCCAAGUCACUAUUACGCCAGUUAUCAGUGGUACCACCUCUGUUAUCAGCGCUACCAAAACCACCACGAUCCCAGCGGGCACAGUUAUCUGGGGCACCAGUACUUACGUCAAGCCUGAGGAAACGGAGACUCUAGGGGGGACCACGACAGUGGUGAGCGGGAAAACUUUGCCGCCCACUGUUAUUACUAUAACGCCAAAUCCUCAUCCCACAACAGUGCCUGGAACUGUGGACCCCAUCAUCAACCCUAAGACGCCUAAAUGGACGUCUGGCAGAAAACCUGAACCUACUGCCAAACCUGACUGCGACGGCUGCGGCUCAAUCUGCCUGCUGUUCUGCGAUCCUGACUGCCCUUUCUGCCCUCCUGGAGUCUUUCCUCAACCUGGCGGUGGCUCUAAUAAUAACGGGGACGACGGUGAAAGCUCAACAAGUACACCCACUGGAUCAAACGGCGCCCACACAAUUUUGUAUGAGACCCUCGCUGAUGACGCGUAUCCAACAACGCUUGCGGAUAUAGCCAUGUUGUCUUCGCUAGCCUCGGAAGAAAUAUCCCUCAUCAGGUCUUUCUUGGGUAUUUCUAGUAGUACCACCAAGCCCACAUCGACCCCAACGCCAACACCACCGCCCAAACCUACGCCCAAAGCAGACUGUGACUUCUGGGAUGAGGGCUGGGGCUGGACGUUUGAAAUCUACAACAUCGACGGCUGGUCAAUGGACAAAGGUGACUCACUACAUCAUGAAGAGAAAGGAUGUGGCGCCCUCACAGGCUGGGAUUAUCACGAGGCAGACUCGACCACCUUUGCGUACACCUAUUUUAACCUUCCAUUCUUCAUCAAAGAUGGCUGCGUCGAGCGCGCUAUUGUUUCAGCUGGCGGUCCCAAGAUCUCUUGCAAGGGCCAUAGCAUCUUUGAGAGGAAACGGAGUGGUGUCAACUCCAGGGCGAGUAUAGGAGCCAGGGCCCGCGUUAGGGCGAAUGCCGUGCCUCCACACUAUUCCGACGAGCAGGUUAAGGAGUUUGAGAGAAUCUACGCCCAUAACACAUCUUAUCGCUCAUAUUCGCCGUUAAACUGGGCUACUGACACCAGUAAGCCAACCAUGACCACAGCGCCGACUAUUACUACCCGAUAG